UCGCCCUCCCAUCCUCCUAGCACCUCCAAGCGAAUCCCAUUGCUGAAGGACUUUUCCAGGAAGCAGGGGUCUCAGUGCCUGGAAUGGGGCACCGGCCACUAGCGCCACCCUACCUUCCCAUGCUGUAGCCGGCAGACGCAAGAUGCCCAACCAGGGGCCCGGCAGCCGCGACGGCGGCCACUCGCGUUGCCCUAGCCAUGGGGUUUGGGAACCGUGGAUGGUUGGAGCCUUCUCGGGAGCCCCAGCUCCCACCGGGUCCGUGGGCCACCCCUGGCAGCGGUGACCAUGGGGCUGCACGACACACGCGGGUCCCGACCACACCCGCGCAGCGGUCCAGGGUAGAGGAAGCCUGAGCAGGGACUGAGGGUAGAGAGCAGUAGCCUAUAAGGUGCCCUCAGUGGAUUGAGCCCAGCCUCCCCACUCCGGUUCAUCCUGAGAGGCUAAGUGAAGCCAGCUCAUGGUUCAGUCACCAGGGUAUCCCCGAGUGUUCAGAACUUACCGAGCGAUCCUGCCGCCAGGAUCUUCCCCUGGAGGCACCCGCAGCAUCUGCGAUUCAGGGAGGCGCAGGAGCCGGCACUGCCUAGGACCAGUGUGGCCAGGGAGCCAGGGCAUAGGCGGGUGUGCGGGCGGUGUCCCCAAGGCAGGCAGAUCCCCACUGGAGCUGCUCGCCAGGGCAGCGCUUCUGGAAGGAAAGAGGGAGGGAGUCGAGAGGGAGGAGGAAAGAAGAUCUGGAGGGAAGAGAGUGGAAGGCGGGAGCGAGGGACGGGACGGAGGGCCCUCUCCCGCACUUAUCAAUCACCCCCGAAGAUCAAAUGUCCCCGCUGUGCACCCAGGAGGGGGAUGUACCAGCCCACAAAGAAGCCGCUGCUCCAUUUCUCUGACAAGCGCUGUGGAGCGCCGCUCACGCCUCUCGGCCCCUCUCGCCUGGAACUCUGCCCAGCUCUUGCAGCUUCUACCAUGGGCUGCAGCUUGGACUCGGCCAAGUGAAAUAAGGAUGGCACUCAGUCAGUUCCACUUCCAAGGGGAAACUAAGACCACUGGGUGGAAGUUAUGGACAAGUAAAAGAGCAGAAAGAACAGCCAGCCGUCCAAGCUGGACACCCUCCGGACGGCUGCCUCUCGUAACUAGGCCAUUCACCCUCCGAGUAUGGCUAUUACUGCUUGAGACUUGGUUGCUAAAUUCAAUUCAGAAGUCUUCAGUGGAAAUUUGCUUCCUGGAGCUGGAAGACUGUAAAUGGGACUGGCCAUGGGGAAGCUUCCAGCAGAUUCCCUGUAAAAUUUCAUUGAUCAGAAAUACAUCAUUUGCCCAUGCCUAAACCAGUCAUUGACCAAGAAUAUAACCAACUAUUUUUGGCUUAAAGAUCAAUCAAAAUUUACCACUUAAGUCACUUGGAGGAGGAUAAAUAAAACUUUGGCUGUACCAGAAAGAAAGAAAGAAGAGGCAUGGUCAUUGGGAAGGAAACCACCAGUAUUUACCACAGUAUCCAGGAUGAAACCAAAUUGGAGCAAAUUAGGAGAUAUUAUUCAAACACUAAACAUCAAAAUAAAAAUAAAAUUCAAUUAGUAUUUGUACCAGCUGCAUUAAUGUACAUUA